CCCAUAUCACCAGAAAUCUCUACACUGUAUCACAGAUGAUGCUAAUGCUUCAAGGGGCUUCCCAAGCUUAGAUUCAUACGCUAAUACGCACUUGUGUACAUCAGCAAUGGAAAAGGCUUGUAUAGGCUUUCAUACACACGCAUUAGGAAUUGCUAAAUGACCACCAAUAAUCGACACUCCUAGAAGGCGAUGGUGUCACCCCGAGCGAGGACGAGUUCGCCAAGCUUCUCACCGACCCCACAUUCACAGAUUAUUUCAACACCUUUCUCUCGUUGCCGGUGUUUGGCAAGCGGUUAAUGUAUGUGUCUUCUAAAGAUCGCUUUGAUAUUGAUCCCCCACCAAAACGCACCAACUACCACGUGAUUCAAGCGAAGGUUAAGACCUGGGUUCGGUGCUCACGUGUGCCGCUGUUUUGGAAAACAGAGCUGUACCUCGAUUACAUGCUGUGUACAUUACUAAUGAAAUCAACUGCGGUCAAUCCCGAGCUGUCCCUUAUUCACCUGGGUAGCGUGGAAGAUAUGCACGCGUUCCAUCGCUACAUCCGGGGUACAAUGGGGGAGCGUUGUCUGGCUUUUUGGAUUGACGCUGAACGGUAUCGCAGGCACACAAAGCCAGACCAGCGUCGCGUGGUGUUUCGGGAAAUCCAGCAGAAGUAUUUGAGAGGCGGAGCGCCGUUUGAGCUGACGGAAAUGAUGAAAUGGAAAAGCGUGUGUGGCGGUCUAGAGGGACUGGACACUAAGUCGUUCACGUCACCUAAAGAGGUCGCCAAGCACAUAUGUGCGACUGACCAUUCCCUCUUCAAAGAGACGAUCUUCCGUCCCCUGCAAGCGCUGGUUCUGGAUCGUCUCAAGACCUACUGGGUACCAAAAUACGUCCUUCACCGCGAGAAACUGCGCUUGCGCAAUAAUGACCGCUGGGAGAAAAGCCUGCGUGUAGGCUCGUUGACUGAAGGACUGGGUCCCGACGCGGCCAAGCUAAAAGCGAUGAGAGAAAGAGCCGCGGCCCAGGAGAAAACCAAGAAGUUGGAGACGAUUAUGGACCAGGAAGCGGUGAAAGAAUACCUGGAGUUGCAUAAGGUGACAUCUGAUGAGAGUAUUCCGGAUCCGGACCAUGAGGAGCUCGAGCGACAGCGCCUGGAGAGGUGGCACGAGCGGUACUGGGGGGCGGUGGACAGUGGGGAGGAGGUGGCGGAGGAGGAUGAGGAUGAGCAAGAUGAGGAAAAAGAGACGGAGUCCGAACAUCCAACUCCGAAACCAUCGUCCCAUGCUAGGCUAACCCCCCUACAAAAGUUAACACGAGCUGACAGACGCGCGGACCUGGGUCGAUAUUCAUCUCUUUCGGGAAAUGCCCCGAGCCCAUUCCCCACGCGCUCAGGAACGAGCACCUCAAAGGAGACUGGGUCGAGGUCCGAGUCGAGUCUGUCAACACCGGAAGUUAUAGAGGUAGUAAACAAACUGAUAGCGGAGGGGGAGGGGGAGAGUUGUAAUGAAGUAAAAGAGAACAAGGUGAAGAAAAAGCCUUCCGUCAUCAAGCAAACACAAGAAGAAGAGAAAAAGACCAAAGAGUUGGAGGAACUAAAAGAGAAGAGAAUCAACCUGCCACAGAUAACGCCUUACGCAUGCGCUAUUGGGAAUGACCGCACUAGCAGGACGAUAUACGAAGCUCUUCACGAGAACGAGAAACUAAAACAUCUUAAGAAACCAGUUUGGGAGAGGUGGCGCUCAUCUAACGCCUCAGAGCUGCCUCCGCUGAACACAUACAGUGAAGUACAGCGAGCGCCCAAAUCUCGAAUCAUUCAACUGGGAACGUCGACUGACGGAUAUGACAGUUUGUUCUACAAGCCACGCACCGCCCACCCGCCGCACACAAUUGAGUACAGCAAGAUGUUCCAAAGUGUCCUAGGGGUAAACGCUGCCCUGUUGGCCGCGGUGGCCUCGGACCGACUAGCAGGUGGCCCUCUGCACGAGUUCUUAGAGAAGACUGGUGACGAGGAGGCUUUGUUGCGCCUGGAGUUCUGGGCUGAUUGUCAGCGGUAUCUCGUACCAAGCGAAACCCUGGGUGCUUGCAACAAAUACCGCAUGGCUUUGACCCUUAUCAACACAUACUUGGUACCAGACUCUCCCCACGCUGUUCCCAUGUCAUCUCUCGCGCGUUCGCGUCUGAUCAAGUUGCUUCCGGUAGAGGAAGGUGACGCGCUGUUGUCACACGUUGCCCAGGUGACCAUACAGACGCUGUUCAGCCCAUGGUCGAGUUACGUGAAACAGGACGAAGCCGAGUUCACGGACUCUGUGACUGUCCCUAGAAAAAAGCAACCAGAGCGCCGUAAGAGCGAAAAAGUUGUACCUGUAGAGGAAGUGGAAGAGGCUCAAACUUCAGUCAACAUGUGGAGAGCUCUGAAACUCGCAAUCAGCCUGGCAACAUCAGGAUUCGACGAACCCGAUGACGCCGAGGAGGAAGACGAAGGCAAGAAGAUUCCUUCACUUCGAGAAGCGAACAAACUACGGGAAGAACAGAACUACCGACGAGGUUCUCACUUUUACGGACACAUCAAGAAAGAGAGCUCGGACAAGUCUGAGGACGACAACCAGCAAACCGCAGACAAAGUGCGCCCUAAUAGACCAAAGAGCUUUCACGAAUGCAUCCACGACCCACAACAGGUCACGUGGUUUAAAAAGUUCUUGACGGAACAAAAGGCAGACACUCCUCUGCUCUUUUGGCAAGCCGUGGAGAACAUGAAAAACAACUGCAAGGAUGGAAAGGCGAAACAAGCGAGAGCAAACGUGAUAGUCAGGAAGUACUUCGCCAACAUCGACGUUCCAGCAAUCGAGAAUCUCCAGUGCAAAGCAGACAUCAUCCGGGAGAUUCCCGUCCUGGACAAAGUCACGCCUGCUAUGCUACUCUCGGCCCAGGCCUGCGUUGCCAGGACUAUGGAGGAAGCAUGGUUUCGCAAGUACGUGGCUACGUUUCCGGAUGAGGAUGAGGGUGAGAGCACGGAAAAAUACGCGACGAGAAACACACUCGCUGGGGUCUGUAAGAUGGCGGCGCACGGAAAAACGCGCGGACUGUGGGUCAUGUUCGCAAGCAACAUCGCAAAGUUCCUCAAAGGCAUCCACGACCGCGAGUGCGAGGCGGAGUUUAUCGAGUUCCUGAGGAAAGAGAAACAAGCCACGGUGGAACACAACACGAGGCGUCACGCGCUUAACCCGACGAGACGAAUGAUCAACAACAAAUUUAUCAACACCGAGAAGCUUGUCAAUGAUAUGUACUUCUGGAGAGAAGUUCUCAAAUUCAAGGAGAUUGCUGAUAACGCGACCGAAUGCGCGAAGUCUGGAAACUACAGUAGAGACGACGAGCGACAAGUCACCGAGAAAGCGCGCACAAUGGUCAAGGUGUUUAUUGACUCAGCCUUCCCCCCACGGGUUCAGAUCAAUAUUCCUAACGACAUGGCUGAGAAUAUCGUGGAACUGGUCCAAAACGGCAUUAUAUACCGGGGCCUAUUCCACGAUGCCGCCAUGUCUGUCUUUACGUCACUCAUUCACUACUGGAAAAAGUUCGAGGCGGAAAAGACUAAUUCGGAGACAAUUAAAAACGCUGACUCCUCCCAUGAUGUAAACAGUCCCGGACAGCCGACUCGGAAGACCAAGGAGAUCUUGAAAAAGAGGAGCUUGUCGUUCAUUUGUGGCAUUCCCUACCGCCGUAUGUACGUCAUGCAAGAUGACGAGACUCGCUGGUGUUACUCUAUCUUCCACGGCCUGAGGCUCGCAAUACCAGUCAAAUUAUUGUCACGUCGAGGGACGAGAUUUCAUGGGGACAUUAUGUCACUGGGGAUGGGAGCUAGAUUGCAUUGAGCGGCAUAGAAUAUCAGUGUAAAUAAAAACCCAAAUGACAAAAAUAAAAAUGAUAUUCUGGU